CUGCCUCCAUCCGGGCUGCUCCCCGCCUCUCAUUGUCAGGAGGCGCCCGCGCUGCAGCACUCGGGCCGGAUCCAAGCGCCCCCCCCCCCCCGGCUUCGAGGAGAAGGGGUCCCCGGCGGGGAGGCCCUGCAGUGCCGCCCUGGGCUCCGGGAAAGAGUAAAAUCCCAAGAAAUUGGACCAAGCAGGACGGCAACAGACUUGUGACAUGUUCCUAUUGACAUCAGAAGCAACUUCCAGGGAUAUGAUGAUUGCAUCUCUACUAUCCUCACAUUCAAGGACCUUAAAUAGUUAUCUGCCAUCAUUUCAUCAGGAUUAAUGAAACAACAGGAAGAAUAAAGCCUUUUGAAAGCCCUUGCCCCCCCCCCAAAGGCAACAAAAACAACAACAGCAAACAUGGCAGAUUACUCUGCUUAUAAAGAGACCUCAAAUCGUCAUUUGCGUUUCAAGCUUCAGAGCCUCAGUCGCCGCCUUGAUGAAUUGGAAGAAGCUACCAAAAACCUUCAGAAAGCUGAGGAUGAACUACUAGAGUUGCAGGACAAAGUAAUCCAGGCAGAAGGCAGCAACUCGAGUAUGUUGGCUGAUGUGGAAACUUUGCGGAAAAGGGUUCUGAAAAUCGAAGGGAAGGAUGAGGAGAUCAGGAAGGCAGAAGAGCUUUGCCAGCUGAUGAAGGAGAAACUGGAGGAAGAAGAAAGUCUCACUCGGGAGCUGAAAUCUGAAAUUGAGCGGCUUCAGAAGCGAAUGACAGAGCUGGAGAAGUUGGAGGACGCCUUUGGCCGGAGUAAGAACGACUGCACUCAGCUCUGCCUCAGCCUCAAUGAGGAGAAAAACCUGACCAAGAAAAUUUCAACUGAACUGGAAGUUCUUAAGGCCAAAGUAAAAGAACUUGAACAAUCAGAAGACCGGCUAGAUAAAACUGAGCAGAGUUUGAUGAGUGAGCUGGAAAAACUGAAAUCUUUAGCUGUUGUUUUUGUAAAUGAAAGAAAACACUUCACUGAAAAAGAGAAGCAGAAUGAGAAGUUAAUUCAAGAGCUAACACAAAAGUUGGAGCAAAACAACAAACUGAACCGGGCAGAUCAGACGCGAAACACAUCGAAUCUCCUGGAGCGAUCGUCCAAUAGUAUACUUGAGAGAAAUGAUCUGAGGAUUGAAGUUGACUUGACGACAUCUGCACUGUCCUCAAAAGAAACAAGAAGAAAAGGGAGCUUGGACUACCUUAAACUCAUGGAAAAUGAAACUCGAAACAAAUCUGAAAACCAGAAGAAUAAAAACCAAGAAGACAACAAAGUGAACGACUUAAAUCAAGAGAUUGAGAAACUGAAGACUCAAAUCAAAUGUUUUGAGUCUUUAGAAGAAGAACUUAAAACCCUGAGAGCCAAAAAUAAUGACCUGCACGAUAGUUAUUUAAGUGAGCAGAAUAAAAAUAAGGUGCUCACGGGGCAACUUGAAGAAAUAAAAACGCAGAUGAAAAAACAAAAAGAGCUAGAGAAUGGUGAGGCAGAAAUUGAGGAAAUUAACUUGCCUAGCCGAAUUAAGCAUGAUAGAGCUAAACACCGAGCGGUCGCUGCUGAAUCGGCUGUUUCAAAGCAAAAGUCCCGAGAACUUUCACCGCAGCAUAGACGGGAGAGGAUACGUAAUCGAGAAACCUCAUUAAAUUCUGAGGGCUAUGGCCAGGCUAGUAAACGGGUUACAAGUCCUAAUCUGAACAGCAGGAGAACAGCCAAAGCGUCUAGUACUUCAGCAUUGUUAGACACAUUAGCAACUGAUGGCAAAGAGAUAGAAAACAAACCAAGUCCAUUGCAGAGAGAGAGUGUCACUCCACCUGCUGAAGUCAAAAAAUCUCGAGAGCAACCAUCCGUGCUUAGCCGUUACCCACCUGCAGCACAGGAGCACAAAUCAUGGAAGUCUUCUUCGAAACCCAAGAAUGAAAGUGCAUUGAGAGGUAAAGCCGAAAAAACAUCUCAGACACUCAAUGACACUCAUCUCUGUAAAUCUGAUGAACUUGAAGACAUGCUGAGCAAAACAGAAAAUGCUGUAUCAUCUUCUGAAAAGGGAAAUAAAACACAUCUCACGGAAUCAUCCAUUCUUCUGACGGAGACUCGGAUCUCAAGCACUAAUUAUGGGCCAACUAAUGGAACUGCUUUGUCCUAUCGGCAUUAUCUCUCUGCAGAAAUGUUAGAUACUGAGCCCACCAGCUCAAAGAUGGAAAACACACCACCUGUUUCUUCUCGCAGACAGCACUUGGAAGAGGACUCUGUAAAGGUCCCUAAAUCUCACGAAAGAGAGUCUAUAGAUGCUCCAGUGGAAAUGACAAAACCUUUACCUUUAGCAAAGUCUUGGCUUUCUUCAAGAAGCCAGGAAGAUCUCUUGCAGAGUCAUUUAGCUGCUCAGAAAGAAAAGACUGAUCAGACGUUCACAGUAAAUUCAAACAACAGUGGCCUGAAAUCAACGUCUACAAGAACCAAAGUCAUCAACCCCAGUAACACUCCAGAAGAGAAAGGUAAAGUCACAGUUGCUCCUAAUACGUUUGAUUUAGGGCCAAAGAAGGAACCUGUUUCUAGAGACUUCACAAGCUCGAUGGGAUCUUAUCGGACAUCUCCCCUCGAGAAUGACAAAAGGUCUUAUGGUGAAGAGGGCCAGGAACUCAGAAGGCCAUCCAAAACAUCUUCAGCAGGGUUGAAAUCCAGAAGGCAGUUCAGCCCAAGGGAAGCUCUGAGAUCUCAAGCCGUCAUCAAGCCAGCAAUUGUGGAAAAAGACAUGAAGGAAAUCAUGGGUGGUUCUGGGUCAGGGUCAGAAGCCAGUUCUGAAAAGCAGCCCGCUGUCUUUAAAACCGUGUCACACAAAAUGACAAGCAGCAUUACUAUUUACCCGUCUGAGCCAGUUACUCAAAGGACCAGCACAAGUGAGCCCAGAAAGGACCAGCAGCAGGUUUCUGCCAGCAAUAGUAGAGUCAUUCCAAAUGAGCUUUCCACAGGAGGGAAAGCAGCCAACACACCGUACGAGAUCUCGAUUAACAAGAGCAAUAUGUCUUUGAAGUCACCAGGGGCUGAUAAAAAUGGGGACCCUGUUUUGAGAAGCAGGGUGGGAACUGUAGUCUCUAAAAGUAGCAUUACAAUCAAACCUUCUGAGUUACUUGAGAAGAACAGUGAAACAGCGGUGGACACGCUUCACUGGAAAAGCCAUGGCCCUCCAAACUCAUCUGAGACCAAACAAGUCACGGUGAGAAGUGCGUGGCGAACAAGGCAGGGUUUGCACUCUUUGGAGGAUUCGGCAACCAAAGCUGAUGAAAACGCAACCCCUCGGGAUCCAUAUCGGUCAUCUACUGAUCUUUCCAAACCAGAAGGGACUGGCCCACGUCUAUAUGCAAUUGAGCAGAAUUCCAGAAGGGCCAGUGCUGGUAUAAACUCUUGGAACACUCCGGAAUUAGACAGUAGAAGGACCAAAAGUAGCUUGAGUGCAUCUGAGAUGCUCAGCCAGAAAAGUAGUGCCAAUGAGCCUGUGGAGGAUUCUUCCUGGAGUUGCCCAGUAUUACCUGAGGAACACAAAGACUUUGUUCCCAGUUCCAGAAGAAAACCAUUCAGCUCCUCUGAGCAGCUCUCCUGGGCGAACACACCAAGGAAGAGGCCAGAAAGCAAGCUGGAGUCCUCUUGCCAGCUGCCAGGCAGCAAAUCCGAGGGACGGAGACGUUGGUCCAAAGGCUACUCAGAAGGAAACUGAUCUGACUGAAGUGUUUCCUGCCCCAAUACAUGGCCUCCAGAAGCUGAACUUCACCCCCUCCUUGCUCUGGUCUUCCAUGCCGCUGUCAACCACUGGGACCCAUCUGGUGCCUGUCCUUCGACCCUUUCUGUGCUCAAGGCCUUGCCCUCUCUCUUAACCUUGGGCAGAUUUUGAAAUUUUAUUUUAAGACUGGCUUUGCAUUUUCCUUCACCAUGGAGUAGGCCACAGCAUUGUUGCUCAGGGGAAUCCCACUCCAUUGUCUUAAAGCUUGAACCUGCAGGACCGCAUCUUAAGAGACAGCUGGGAUACUUGGGACAAACAUUUCCUGGAAAAGCAAAGAGCUUUUUGUGUUUUAGCAACCACUACAAGUGGAGACCUAGCCUAGUUGCAUCUUGACCUUCAGGAUCUUUUAAGAGGCUGGAAUUUACGUGAAAGCCAUGAAUCAGACUACUAAGAGUCUCCAUCAAUCACUAUGGAUUUUUGCUGUUACAGCUUCAGAGAGUACAGUUGCACUGAACCUUGAUGCCCCAGAGUCUGGUGCUCCAUGCGCUGGCUUGGCUGCAGCUCGGCAAGGGACCGUUUGGAAAGAGGAGGCCAUUGCUUCACAACAGCCCUGUCUCCUCUCUGCCCUCGUCUCCUCACUUGGCCCUUGUGAAAAACUUUCUCCCCAAUUCUUAAGCAAUAACCUAAACAAACCCUUGUCAUCACAACUCCUUUGCUGAGGAUUGUCAGUGUACCCACCUUUUUUUCACUCCGAAAGUCCUCAUUCCUUGACCUCGGCUCCUUGGGCAAGUCUAACAAGAUCCAGAAGUACAGCCUCCAGUUGCAACGGAUCGGGCAGUGCAAGAAGCCUUCUCACUACAUCCCGCGGACUGCUGCACAAGGCCAAGAGAGAGCUCUUGCAGAGAGAGAUCCCCUCAAUGCAUUAUUUGAACUAAUCACAUGAGGUCUUAAUGCUGGCCCUCUUUCCCCCCAAUGGGACAGCCACUGGGAAUUUGGGCAGAACUGGCUGGAAAGCUGAGCAAGAAGAGUCUCCUAUGUACAGUCGAUCAACACAUUCAUGGGGUGGGAGGGGACACUUUUGUAAACAUUUCUGCUACCUCACUCUUCACUUGCUUGAGCAAAGGGACCAGUGGAGAUUCCUCCAGAGAUACAGUGUCCUCCUUCCAUACCGAAAUCAGCACACCGCUGUGCAUCUAUCUCCACAUAUCUGCUCUAAGUCUUCCUCCAUGUGCUUGGAGCAUAAUUCUUAGAUGCUGCUGAACUGUAAGUUUUCAUUCUCUCCUCCCCACUCCCUCCAAUUUGCAACUGCUAGGGAUUAACGUCUGCCAUCUCCCUUUUAGGAUGAACUGUGUUACUACAUGCAUGCCUACUCAUGUGAUGACCAUUCUGAAAUGGUCAGCCAGCUUUCCCCAAGGUGUUAUUCUACCAUUGAUACAUCUCUGAUUGUCACAGCCAGCAGGGCUAGUGGUCAGAGAUGGAGUCCAAAAUAUCAAAAGAGCAAACCAGUGCAAAGUAAUGGCACCAUAAAACACUAGCUGUACAGAUUAUGGGAAGCAGUAAAAAAACACGCCCAUACACGCAUGUGACCACAUUCACUAUCCCCAAGCAAUUAAUAUAUGUGUCAAAAGGGCCCUCAAGACUGAAACCAAGCAGAUGCAGGUCAGUCAGAUGAUAGUGUUGUGUCCAGGAGAUUUGCAGGAAUAGAUAUGCAGGCAGGGAUAGAUGCUUAACCCCAAUCCUCCUCACAUAUGCUUGCACACAUGCUCAAUUUGCCCAGGUGAAUGUUUACUUGAGAAGUGGGAGCAUCAUGAAGUGGGAACUGGAGUAAUCCCCUCAGUUCCUCCUUGCAACUGCAUCCUUCCCUGCCCCGAUAUUAGUGCUGGGAAGCAAACACAGGUUUGGGGAUCCCUGUUUAUGACUUAGGGUGUUGUUUAGCUGAGAGCUAGUCUUGAAAUCUCAGCGUCCCAUCUUGACCAACUGCAUUCUCCUGUGCACGUGCUCCAGAUUAGUUGAAACCCCAGUAAUAGUGUUCCUCCUUCUGCACACAACAAAUCAGCAUCAACACUUUUCCUUCCAGCCCACCAGCCUGGCUUGCUUGCUACUUGCUUGAUGGCAAGGCCCCAAAAGGCAGCAUUGUUGCAUCUAAAUUAAGAUGUGCUUCAACCUCUCUAUACUGAGGGGUGUUUAAUUGCACUUUCAGGAAAAGGAAUCAAGGCUAAACAUUCCUUCAGAGCUUUAUCCAACCCUCUGGGCGUGUUUUGCAGAACUAAAGAGCUCAGUUCAGCCCACAACUCUCUUCCAAAGCCAAUAUAAUUUUUUACCUGGAUUUUUAAAAAAUAUGAAACAAUCCCAGUAUUUAUUUCUUUGCCUUUUAAUACGUUGAACCUGUAUAAACUUAACUAGAUUCUGUUUCUUCCCUCACAUACUUAUUUUUAUGUAGUUUUUUUUUAAAAAAAGGAGUAUAAAUGUUCCUAAUCGUUUUAUAUAUAUGAGGCAGAGGACACAGGCAAUACCUUUUGCUCAUCUAGCUGUUGAAAGUGUUAGUAAAAUGCCCAGUAGGAAGGGCCUCAAACAUGACCCUUCUACUAAGUUGAGAUGCAAAAUGUCCAGGUAUCCUGUUGGGCAAAUAAAACUGACUAUUGCCGCAUAUUACCUCAUAGUGAGGGAGGUGGCAUGCUUUGGGCCUUUAGAAAUGUGAAAAACACAAAAGAUUUUGUGCUUUUAAAAUUUAAAUUCCAAAUUAAUUUUCCAUAUAUACACUUAUGUGUGUAAUGCAUUGCUGGUCACCGGACAAGACCAUGGAGGAUACUAAACCACACCGUUCAAUAGCCUGCUUAGCUAUUACUCUAUUUUCCGGUGUAUAAGAUGACCCCCAACUUUUCCAGUUAAAAUAUAGAGUUUGGUAUAUACUCGCCAUAUAAGACUACUCCUCUUCCAAUGCACACCAAAUAAAAAAUUUAAAA